AGUUGCUGGCUUCGUCGUGACGAAGAACUGCUCCAAUAAGUUAAAUACGGAGUGUCGCUGCCGGGACGGAAUGUACGUGAACCCGCACUACUCAUGGAUCUGCCUACACUGCCAAACGUGCCAGCAGGGACACAAGACGACACAGCCAUGCACCCCUUUCACAGACACCGAGUGUGCACCUUGCCUCGACGGGGAGUACAGUGAUGGACACAACUGCCUUUCUUGCUUAAGGUGUGAAGAUCAACACCUGGAGACCGAACAACCCUGUAAACCCAACAGCAAUACUCAAUGCAAAAAGCACUCAAACACGGUGAUUGUUGUGACGGUGAGCAUGCUCUGUCUAUUCAUCGUGAUCAUUGUGGUCAUGUGUAUGAAGAAACAAUCUCCCCGCAGUAUCUUCAGCGAUUUGUGGAACUGGGUUGGGCAACUACUGGGUAUGAGUCCCGGUUCACCACCACCGAUACCACCAUCGAUACCACUGCUGAAACCACCAAACUGCAAAUUGAUUCGGGAUCACUUCCAUUACAUCAUUGAAGAUGUGCCGGACACGCGCUUCAUGCCGCUCAUGCGCCACCUGGGUGUGGCGAAUCACAAGAUUGAAGAGCUCCAGUACAACCACCUGCACGACCGGAAUGAACAAAAGUACCAAAUAUUGAGUUCCUGGUUUAACUCCAAGGAAUUCGACGUGGAAUGGAGUGUCGUGUUGAAAGGGCUGCAGGAUAUUGGUGACGGGGAGUCCUACAACAGGCUUGUGGAGAGGCUUGUGCAGGGGUCUCUAAGUGUGAGCAUGACCGCGCUGGAAUCCGAACUUUUGGAUAACUGAUGCUGCUGCUGCGUGGGGUGUACCUAUCAGACGUACGGUUAGUUACGUACUCGGGUGGUUAGAAUACAUGUUUUUGCAAUACCAGUGACACGUGACAAAAGCCGGUUUAAAACACAACAUGAGCACCUUGUUAACUGAGAGAGGAGGGGAGCUGCCGUGGUUGCAAGGUUAGCACACUUCACUCGCGAUCCAGCGGUUAAAACAAUCGGCCAGCUCCCGGUGUCGCAGUUAAAACAAUGGGGGCAGCAUCUUAAUAACCCCCACCACCUCUGUCCAGCCAAGACGAUGAAUGGAUACACCACAAAUCUUCGAUCAACAGGUCGUGUGUGGAUAGGGUAAAGUGUGGGUAUGCUCACUUCUUCGAAACGUCUGGUCAGCAUGAAAAAGUAGAUAAACCACCCUCUAGAGCUCACUCCAGUGGUGGCGUGACCAAGCAAGCGACCAGUUGAAGGGUAGAUAUACGAUGCUAUGACUGAGACCACAGUGCCUUUUGUACAUUAACGUGUCCAAUCAGUAAAUUCAUGAAUAACGUUUUACUGGAAUUGGUCACCGGUUCUUGACUUUCGGAACCGGUAAUCAAUAAACGGGUUGCCGGUUGACUAAUAACCCGAAUAAUUACCAGGUGUGUGGAUCCUCAGGACGUGUUCUCGAUUUUUGAAUGCAUACAAAAAAUAUCCUGAAAUUGGGCCUAGAUAUGAUAUUCGGGGUGACAUUUUUGUUUUAUUUUAAAUAUAUCUUAAGGUAUGCUUUCAGCUGAAACGAUAUCAAGCAUAUCACAUCACUGCUGUGAAUUUCUUGCCAAAAGUGGCAUCAUGUUUGGAAGAAUUUCAACUCGAGCAUUAAAAAUAUCGAGUUCGCUGCAGGAUUGCGAGUGAUAAAAUGCUGCCCCCUUGUGUGGAAAUGGGGUUACUUGAUGAGUUAUCGGCGGGACUUUGAUAUCACCUUCUGCCAACCGGUUUCGAAGGUGAAGUUGGCAACGUUUUCAUUUGUGGAUAUCGAAGUUUUUAAGCAACUUAAUACCCCUCAGAAGCUUGGGUGGAUGUCGGUGAUCCUGCCCGCGAGUCGGAGGCGCGGCGAGUGUCGGGUCACGUGACUGGCGACCUGGCUCCGACGGCCACGCGAUCACACGACGGACUUAUUUUCAAUUUCCGUUGAUGAAGGAAGUAACCGUGUCUGCCACGCGCCGAGACAAGGGUGGGGUGACGCAGCGCUGUCUGAGGAGAAUUCCACGUGGAUUCUUUGUCUCGUGAAAUGACUGGGUAGCAUGAUCGAGAUAACACUGGGGCGACAAAAGACUCAAAUAUUUAAGGAAACAUUCCAGAGCAUCAAAGUUAAGUCUUGUACUCACAGCCAAUUCUUCCAGACAAGUGUGUGCAUUUCAAUGUAGCCGUGUAUACUUUGCUAAUGAAUGUACCUUUGAUUCUCUUGUAAUUAACUUCCUAAUCAUGUUUUUGGCAACACAAUAGGUGAAUUACUUAUUUGGGAAUCUAGAAAGUAUCUUCAUACCAUCCACAUUACCUCUUUGCUAUAUAAGUGUGACAUGUAGCAAAGAGAUUGUUCCAUUAUUUAUUUUAAGCUGUCGGCUAUUUAUUUUCGAAAAUGUAUUAUACUUCCAUCUUCACCCACCGAAGAUGUGAAAUUUUCAUAUACGGCACGGGGAGAAUUGUUAUUCUAAAUGUGCCGUCCCUUUUAUAUAGUUCUCGUUCUAGAAAUGUCACGACAUGAAAUGCAAAGCGUUGAAAACAAUGGCACCGCAUAUUUAUUACCGUCAGCCGGACCGUCAAUUGACCCUGAAACAAAUCAAGGGAUCAAACCUGAGGUUACUUUCUAUGCACUGGACACAAGCAAAACAUGCUGCUCCUUGAAGAAUGUGCCAAUUGUGAGAAUCCCCCCUGAGGUUAACACAGCCAUGCAGGGCUCCUAAUUGUGGUCGCUGCCACACACGUGCUUUGCCACUGCUGUGUCUCCUGUGUUGCCGAUAUUGACCACACCGCUGUACAGUGCCGGAUUAAGUUCAUGCGGGGCCUAUAGCAUAUGUUAUAAAGGGGCCCUAAAUACAAAAAAAACUAAUUUUAAAACACAAAUUGUUUUACUUGCAUAGUAAAGUUAUUGUAUUUUUUAAUUUGCUAUACAGCCAAAUAAUACGACAAAUCGCUAAUCCAGUCGUUCAUAAAAGCUGAAGGCAGUAUAGUACUAUAGUAAUAGAGCAAGUGCAGAAUCACGGAACCGGAAUUGAUGGAUGGCUAAAGUUUGGUUUGAGUCAUAAGGUGUUAAGUCGGCUUUGACGUACACGUUCAGUUUUUGAUAUUUGGCAGUGUCCAGUUUUAUUCCUUGCAUUUUAUUGGGGUUUCCCUGAACCCCCCACCACUUAUACAUGGAAUAUCCGACUGCAUUUUUUGUUCGGGGAUGCACUGUUUACCCGUGACCUAACUGUGAUGCCGAUUGCAAGUGGUGCUUGUGCACUUCCAUAAUCGAACACGUGACGGCAGCUUGACCCUCGGUACACACUGGCACACUGUUCACUGUGAAGGUCCUUGGUCCAUGAAGUUUGCAUAGAUUUUUGUUUCAUUGUACAUACCUUAACCACUACUUUUCAAAGUGAUACCGGAAUUCAACCCUUUUGUCUGGCUGUGUGUAAAACACAGUCGUCAACCUCUUUCGUAUGGAUCUGAAUUGAGUAGCAACUAUACACCAAUGCCGAGGUUGUGAAUUCGCUGCUGGCUUCUGGGCAUAGAGAUGGAAUCCCAAUCGAGCCCUCGGAGAAUGCUCACAUGGGACAUGAGUUCACGAUGCGUUCCACUGGUUGCUUGCUUGUGGGGCAGUAAGCCUCUUGAUGGAUGGAUGAUGGGGGUGCCACGGUGGUGAGAUGUUAACUACCUCGCCUGGUAAACAAGAGGUGGUUAUCCGGCUCCCCCCCCCCUCCCCACAUUUAUAAACAUCCGUUCAGAGUAUUUGGCUGCUAUACAUUUCCACGUGAUAAGCCACUUCGUUGAUCUAUCAUUUGUGGCGAGGUCGCUUCUGAAAAACAGAUACAUAGCUCAAGGGCCUCACCUGGUAAACAAAAAAUAGUUUAGUUUAUAGUUUGAUGGUCGUGGGAUCAGUGAUGAGCUGCUUACUCGGGAUGACGUUUGCAUGCCCCCAAUUGUUCUUCCACUGGUCUAGCGUGCUGCUCAGAGUCUUUCUGCCGUGUUCCAGAAUGGCUUUCUUGAUUUCACUUGCAUCAUUGGGAGGUUUUUGAGGUCUCCUUAGAUGGGCAGUUCUUUAAACCGCAGUGAGUGAAAUGUAAAGUCCUGCUGUCUGCCAAUAUAAUCUCACAUUCCAUAUAUGCCGGCCUGAUGAUCUCUUCUGGACUUCCGAGUCGAGCUCGAAACUUGAAUCCAUUUGUGAAAUUGUGCACGUUACAAGUUGCCAUUAUUCAAAUGCGAAUUAAUAUAUUUGAUGCACUGUAUCUGAUGAUGACUGGUAAACAAAAAUAGGACCUGGACUGUCAUCGUGUGUGAUGAUGAUUUUGUACAGCCAAUGAAGACCAAAUGUAAGUGAUUAAUUUAUAAGCGGAUUUAUCCAUUCAGUUUCUUUCUCUGAGAGGUGGUGAACUUGAGGUCCACUGCCUCGACAUUUAAAUACAUGGGGCAGUGUGAAGCUGUGUAGUCCAUAACUUGUAAGGAGUGAAGUUUGGGGCUACCCCAGCUUAAAUAAUAGUUUUACCAGCAUUAUAAAUGUUGUGGUAUUUGCAAUAUGCCAAGCUGUGUUUGCCCAAACCGUUGAUUACUGUAUAGAUAGAUUAUAUAUAUAAAAUACUGAAAAAGUGUUACAAAAUGUUGGAACAUUUAGUCUUAUGGUUACAGAAUGUUUAAAUGUACCACGCUCGAACAAUGGCCAUUAAAAGUGAAUUACAAUGUGAUAAUGUUAUUAUUAUUAAACGGUUAAACUCGGUUUUAUAUUGUGGACAAGUAUUUCCCCGAGUCAAUUCAUUGCUGGGCAGCCUCUGAGACCUGUUCCACCACAAACAAAAUGUAGUUUUUUGUACAUCCAUUUGUCUUCUUUUCCAGUUAACAUUUGCCGUUCCUUGGCCAGUGUUUUAAAACCGUAUUUUGAAGCACGAAUAUCCUCGACUAGCUUUCAACGCUAAAGUUUAGUCAAGCACGGUGCUAGCUACCCGUUAAAUUCCGCUGGGAUUUGCCAUUAUAGGAGAGAAGCCUUACCGUUGUGUGCAGUAAAGCAAACAUUUUCUAAUUAUUACGUAGAUCCUGGUAUACGGCAAAAAAUCUUAUGUUCCCUAUGUAUGAGUUUUCUCAUGUUCAACAUACUGUGUAUAUUUCCUGCUUAUUUUGUUUAACUUUCCAAAAAAGUGUGCUAAUUAUUUUGAGUUAUAUAAUUUUGUGUCAAAAUAGAACUCAUAUCUUCGAGAGGGUCCUUGUCUAUAAAUAUCGGGCAGUUCACCAACAUUGUUUGGCGUCACGGUGGCGGGAUGUGAACUCCCUCGCCAGGCACACAGGAGGUCGUGGGUUCGAUCCCGACCCUGACGCCUGCUGUAUAUUUGUAGUUUGCGUGUUCUCCCCGUGGUCAAGAGGAUUUUUCUCCGGGUCCUCCGGUUUUUCCCUCUACAUUUAGAAACAUGCUUUUCGAAUAUUUGACUGCUAUAACAUUGAUAAGCCACUUCGUUGAGCUAUCAUUUGUGGCCAGGCCCUUCUGAAACAGAUCUAUAUAGCUCAGUGGGCCUUUCCUGGUAAAAAUAAAACAUAGCUUUAAAUAGCUUUAAGCAAGUCUGACAGCUGAUGAGACACUACAUGGGGAAAAAACAUGAACUUGGAUGUAUUGAACUAAUACUGCUCAAAUGUAUGCACUCCCAGAGGGCCUUUUGGCAUCAUAGGGGGACACGUGAUGUUAGCGAUGCGCUUGUUAAGGCCAGGGCAGUGUGGCACAGAAACGAAUACGACACGGCACAAUCGGGUGUUUUUUUCAGUGUAUUUGUAGUGUAAUAGCGCCGGCUGGUGGACGAGACCGUGAAUGUUGAUAAUAAAGAAGUUGCCUCCUCCAAAA